AUGUCAACCCAACAAGCUUUCUUGGUCAAAGAAAUUGACGCACCUGGACCUGGCGAAUUUCUCGCCAAAAUCUUUCCGAGCGAUCUAAACCCUUUCAAAGUUGAAUUGGAAAAUCCAAGAAAACGGGUUACGUCGUACCCCGUAGUCAUCGGUGAAGAGACUGCUGGCAAAUUUGAAGCUGUCCAACGGCGAGAACGAUUGUUUCAUCGACAAACCGAUCCGAGUCCGACUAGUGCUGGAGACCUCGACGGUGUCUCUAAUCUGCAAAGACUGAAAAAUAACCUUGUCAACGGCAAGAAAUUCUUGGCGGCCAAACUCUAA